CAUCUAUGGUGCCGCCGCAAAUCUUUUCAUCGAAUCAAUUUCAAGACAUCGAAAACUUAGAAGCUUCUAAGCUUAAUAAUGUUGAAAUGUCUGCGACUAACUCUAAUACAUUUGCAAAUUCGAAAGAUAAAGAAUCAGCGAACACACUUAUGCUUCAUAAAAGAGACCAACAUCCCUCUUCUGAUCAAAAACGCUCUAUAGCAUCUAUGAUGCCGAAAAUCUUUUCAUCGAAUCAAUUUCAAGACAUCGAAAACUUAGAAGCCUCCAACUUUAAUAAUGCUGAAAUGUCCGCGACUAACUCUAAUGCAUUUGCAAAUUCGAAAAAUAAAGAAUCAGCGAACACGAUGAUGUUUCAUAAAAGAAAUCAAUCUCAACUUUCGGAUGAAAAGCGCUCCAUAGCACUUACCCCACCAUCGGUCUUUUCUUCGAGUCAAAAUCAAGAUAUCGAAAAUACUGAUGCCGCGAACCUUAACGCAGUUGAAAUGUCAGCGAAUAAUGCUAAUACUUUAGCCAAUGCAAAAGAUAUAGAAUCAUCAAGCUCAAUGUUUCUUAGAAGGUUUCUACCUCCAUCUAAGCCAUUAAUUUCGACUAAUCAAUACCAAGAUCUAGAAAAUCUUGAAGCCGCAAACCUUGGAACAGUUGAAAUGUCAGCGAAUAAUGCUAAUGCUUUACAAUCUUCAAAAAAUGUAGAUUCAUCAAAUACGUUUAUGAUUCAUAAAAGAAAUCAUCUUAAAUCUUCGGAUCAAGAGCGUUCCAUAUUACCUAAUCUUAAUUCACCUAAUCUUAAUUCACCUAAUCCUAAUUCACCAUUGGGUUUCUUCUCUAAUCAAAAUCAAGACAUAGAAAAUACAGAAGCCGCGAAUUAUAACGCAGCUGAAGCGUCUGCUACUAAUGCUAAUAAUUUACAAUCAUCAAAAGAUCAAGGAUCAUCAAAUACGUUCAUGAUACAUAAAGAACGUUCCAUAUUACCUAAUUCACCAUUAAAUCUCUUAUCUAAACAAGAUCAAGACAUAGAAAACACGGAAGCCGCUAACCUGAAGAACGUUGAAAUGUCUGCAACUAAUGCUAAUACUUAUGCAGCUUCAAAAGAUCAAGGAUCCGCAAACAAUGUAAUAAUAAAAAAACGAAACGAACUUUUUGAACGUGACGCCGGUAUACAAUAUUCAUUAGAUCAGUACCCGGACACUGAAGAAGUCAAACGAAACGAGGCAUAUCAUGAUUUUAACAUUCGCUACCAAUAUUUCAUCGAUCAGUUUGAUAAUUUUGGGCCGAACGACUUAUACUACGGACACUACCUCGAUAUUUUUGACCCAUACUUUAGACAUUAUUCAGCACCUUCUGGCCCAGACUAUCAAACAUAUCUUGAGACUAUGCACGAUAAUUAUAGACGUUCCGCCGAACUGUUAGAAAAUACACUAUUCAGACGUGGUAUCCCAGUUGGAGUCCCAGCACCCAUAAAUCAUUA